AUGAGAUUAUUAGUUGCCUGUAUUAUUUUAGCUAAUCUUUCUUUAUCAAACCUUAUUGGUGUAAUGGGUGACUCAAGCUCCCAAGCUAUCUCCUCUUCAAGCUCAAAUCCCAUCGAUAACAUUGGUUCAUCCGGUAGUUUGAUGGGGUCACUUGAUUCUUCAUCAUUAAAUUCACUUGAUUCAAUUUCCUCAACAUUGGAAUCUUCAAAUGCUCCAUCUGAUGAAAUCAAAAACCUUUUAAAACAAAGCUCAAAUAGCAAAGAGGGUGAAAAUGUACCUGCACCUGCACCAGCAUCUUCAGAACACCACUCAUCUGAACAUCAUUCAUCUGAGCACUCUUCAGAUUCAAACUCAGGAUCCUCUACAUCCCAAAUCAAAUCACCCGCUACAGCACCAGGUGCAGCCCCAUCAAGUGCCCCAAUUUCAUCUAACCCAUCUGAAGAAAAUUCAUCCAAUCAACACCCAUCCUCAUCAGAUGCUAAAGAUACAUCCUCUACCACAAAUACUGGUUCAUCCGAACAACACUCAUCUGGUAGCCACCCAUCUGACAGCCAUUCAUCUGGUAGCCACUCAUCUGACAGCCACUCAUCUGACAGCCAUUCAUCUGGUAGCCAUUCAUCUGACAGCCACUCAUCUGACAGCCACUCAUCUGGUAGCCACCCAUCUGACCCAACCCCAUCACAAAGUAAUAUAGUUCCAGUUGCUGCUCCAGGUGCAUCACCAUCAACCUCUCCAGCUGAAACCAAUUCUCCAUCUGAAUCACCAUCUGCAUCUCCAUCUGUAUCACCAUCAUCCACCCCAUCUGAAUCACCAUCUGCCUCUCCAUCUGUAUCACCAUCUGCCUCUCCAUCUGUAUCACCAUCUGCCUCUCCAUCCGUACAACAACCAGUACCUUCCCCAACUGAAUCACCAUCUGCUUCACCAUCUGCCUCUCCAUCUACCCCAACCCCAUCAUCAUCAGCUCAAGUAAGACCUGAUACCUCAUCACAAUCACCAGCUUUCAAAACUACCCACUCAAGCUCCUCCGAUGCUAACAAAUUAAACUCCUCCUCAAAUAAAAAUCAAUCAUCAAAUGAAAGCAACUCCUCAAAUAGCCACUCUUUAAAUGAAAACCACUCCUCAAAUAGUCACUCAUCAAGUCACCAUUAA